AUGCGUAGCACCACGCUGCUGGCCCUGCUGGCGCUGGUCUUGCUGUACUUGGUGUCCGGGGCCCUGGUGUUCCGGGCGCUGGAGCAGCCCCACGAGCUGGAAGCCCAGAGGGAGCUGGGCGAGGUCCGAGAGAAGUUCCUGCGGGCGCAUCCGUGUGUGAGCGACCAGGACCUGGGGCUGCUCAUCAAGGCCUCGCCCGAGCCUUCGGGGCGCCACGGCGCAGCCCAGCCGAAGCCGCACGGCGACGUUCGGAGCCUGUGGACCACCGCCACGCUGUCGCAGGCGCAGCUGGACGUGCCGCUGUCCAAGGACGAGGACGCGGACGAGGACGAGAGCGACGCCGAGCCGGAGGGGCUGGAAGAAUACUCCCUGCUGGCGCUGGAAACUCACGGGGGCCGGUCCGCGGAAGCCAAGUCCGCCGAGAAGGGCGACGAUGUCAAGCCCGCGACCGAAAAGUCGUUCUUAAAGUCAUCGCUCAACGUCUUGAAGCACACACCCCACCAAGCCUACUGGGAAGAACUACAGAACGGGCUGCCGCUGCCCCUGACGGAACUCAUGGAGAAUGAAGUCCUGGAAAUCCUCACCAAAGCCCUCCGGAGCUACCGGUCAAGCAUCGGCAGGGACCACUUCCUGACCAAGGAGCUGGAACGGUACAUCGAGGGGCUCAAGAAGCGCCGGCAGCAGAGGCUGUGCGUCUCAGCGAGCUAAGGACGCCGCCUCCGGCUCGAGCAGCAGUCCGACCCCAGCCCCGCAUCCUGUCGGGUCCCCGGACCCGAGCCCGAUCCCGUCCGAAUGCAAUUUGAGCUCCGAAGAAAUAAAGGAGUUUGUGCACGG